GAGCGAAAGCUGCGAAAGGAAGCCAAGCAAUGAAAAGUUGCUCAAGUUGCAAAGCUGGCAGAAUCUUUAAACCACCUCAAAAUCUCUUGCUUUAGCGACUCUGAAAGUGAUCAAGAGACUGUCAUGGUUGAGGAUACCCGCACUUUAAGGAAGUUGGCUGCUCCCAACUUGACACAGCAGCCUUUAUGCAUUAACUUUCCAACACUCAAUAACACUAUUGCUUUUGAACUGAAAUAUGGCUUAAUUUAUUUAUUGCCUUCUUUUCAUGGACUUGCAAGUGAAGAACCUCACAAACACUUGCAAGAGGUCGACGUGGUGUGCUCCAGCAUGAAACCACCAGGUGUUACUGACGAACAAAUCAAACUCAGAGCCUUCCUAUUCUCGCUCAAAGAUGCUUCAAAGGAUUGGCUCUACUAUCUCCCACCUGGAAGCAUUGACACGUGGAAUGACAUGAAAAAGAAAUUUUUGGAGAAGUACUUUCCAGCUUCCAGAGCUGCGAUUCUAAGGAAGGAAAUAUGUGGCAUCAAACAAAAAUCAGGAACAUCAUCGAUGUUGCAAGUGGUGGAUCUCUAGUAAAUAAGAUGCCAGCACAAGCUUGGGAUUUUAUUGCGAGAAUGGUUGAAAACACGCAGCAAUUUGGUUUGAAGGAUGUUGGACAGACGAGCGGAAACAGUAACGACCACUAUAUCCAAUCGAUGCAGCAACAACUUUAUGAGUUGACGAGCUUUGUUCACAAGAUGGUCGUAGAAAAAUCUAACUCGAGUGUCCAGGUCAAAGCGUGUGGAAUAUGCACAAGUGCAAGCCACCCUACGGAUGCAUGCCCGACCCUCCAAGAAGGCUAUGCAGUAGAUGUAAACGCUGCAAACUAUGGUGUUAAUGGACCUCCAGUGUACAACCCGUACUCCAACACCUACAUUCCUAGCUAGAGAGAUCAUCCGAACAUGCGUUAUGGAAACGCACAGCAGAGUAAUGCUCCUCACCCAUUCGGAGCUACGCAGCAUAUACAACAACCUCGUUUCUAUGAGAAACAGCCGCCCCAAGCACCCACAAGCAACUCCAGUCCGUCUUUGGAAGACUUGGUGAAGUCUAUGGAUACCACUACCUUGCAGUUCCAACAAGAGACAAAAAAGUUCCAACAAAAGAUGAGAUCGACUGUUGACAAAUUAAAAGGUCAGAUCAAUCAAGUGUCAGAGGAGGUGAGACAGCUACAUGAAAGAGGAAAGUGGCCCGCUCAGCCUAAGCCAAAUCCAGCAAAUGUCAGCGCCAUAACUAUUUGCAGUGACACGAUGAUUGAAUGUUCUUCCCGGCCUAAUCCAAAGAAUACGAGUGUUAUAACCCUUCGUAGAGGAAAGGAAUUGGAAGGUCCACCUCCUAUCUCAAAGGAACAGAAUGAGGUUCAGAUUGAGAUGAAAAUUGAAAAAGAAGCUGAACUUCACGAAAAGGUACCUUCUAACUCUGUUCCUCCUACUGAAGCUAAAUCAGCUCAUUUUCCUGACAGGUUGAAGAAACCACAAAAGGCAAACAAACGAAAAGAGAUGAUGGAAAUAUUCAAGAGUGUGGAACUUUAUAUCCCGCUCCUGGAAGCUAUCAACCAAAUCCCCAAGUAUGCAAAUUUUUUUAAAGAACUGUGCACCAAUAAGAGAAAAUUUCGAGGGGAUGAGUACAUUAUAGCAGGUGAGAACGUUUUUGUUGUUCUCAAAAGAAAUGUACCACCUAAAACAGGUGAUCCAGGUAAGUUUUCUAUCCUUUGUAAGAUUGGAAAAACUAAGAUAACUAAGGCUAUGCUAGAUCUAGGAGCUGCUAUUAAUGUCAUGCCACGAUCAAUAUACGACUCUUUAAAUCUAGGGCCUCUAAAAGAAACAAGAAUUAUUAUUCAACUUGCUGAUCGAACCAAUUCUUAUCCUGAUGGUAUGAUAGAAGAUGUACUAGUUUAAGUGAAUGACUUAAUUUUUCCUGUUGAUUUUUAUAUUCUGAAUAUGCAUGAUGCACAUUGCUUUAAUACACCGCCUCUUUUGUUAGAAAGACCUUUUAUGUGCACUGCAGAAACAAAGAUAGAUGUUAAAAAGGGCACACUCAGCUUGGAGUUUGAUGGAGAAGAAUUUCAUUUCAAUAUUUUUAAUCCCAUGAAAUGUCUUGUUGAAUCUGAAUCGUUAUAUGCAAUUAAUGUUAUUAAUUAUGUGGUGCAGGAAAAUUAUGAAGUUGGUAAUGAGAAUAAACGAAAAGUUGUGUUGACAAAACAAUUAGAGAAAAGACCAACUGAUGAGAUGACAAAGAGUAAGAGAAAAAAAAAAAGAAUUUUCGAAAAGUUGAGAUGGAUUCCCAAGGGAUCACCAUUGUUGGCCGCGAAAAAGUGCCAUAAGAAGAAUCAAAAUUUUAAGGCGAAGAAAAAGUAUGUGGCCAAUAGACAACGCUUCAAAUUAUACCACAAGAAACCCUCACUUGAUCCUACGGCACCCGUUGCCGAUUUUAAUGUUCAGAAUUGAUGCGAGACGAAGUCUAGUUCAAAGACUAUAAGGAAAAGCGCUUUUUGGGAGACAACCUAAAUCAUUUAAUUUUUUUCUUUAAUUUUAUUUAUUUUUAUUGUUUAUUAGAUGGUUUUGUUUGGUUUGGUGCAGGUCUU